UUUUACAGGAAGUGUAUUUACUAUACCAGCCAAUCACUAUGAUUUCCACUGUGACUAAAUGUUCCAUUUGAGUGGGACGACAUCAGUUACGCAAACACAGGCCAAUAUACAACAAUGAUCGAAGGACUGUCUGCUUUGAUUCUCCUAACCACAUUAUCUCUACAUCAGACUGUGGAGGUUCCUCAGCAGAUCCCUUUGAUUGUGGCUAACCUCGGUGAUAACAUCAAUCUGAUAUGUUCAGUUUCUGGGAAAGAAGCCUGGUUGUUUUUCUGGUAUAAGCUGAAUUUUGGAUACAUGGUCCAAACACUUGCUAAAGGAGCUUCUCCGGAUACAAAGCUUCAAGGACAAUUUGACAGCCCGAGAUUCACAGUCAAGACAGUGGGUGAUCUGUAUAUUCUUACCAUAAGAAAUAUAAGCAAAGACGAUGAAGCAACAUACUUCUGUCAAGCAGGAGAGGCAUAUAUAUUUACUUUUAUUAAUGGCACAAUUUUGGCUGUGAAAGAUCAUAAAAAUCAGCAGAAACACAUCUAUGUCAAACAAAGUCCGGAGACUGCGUCAGUCCAGCCGGGAAACUCGACGACUCUCGAGUGUUCACUUCUCUUCAAGCACAAAGAGAACCUGGUCCAGUGUCCAGGUGAACACAGUGUGCACUGGUUCAGAGCCGGAUCAGGACGCUCCCAUCCCGGCUUCAUUUACACUCAGAGCAGCAGGAGAGAUGAACAAGAGGAGAAGAGCUGCGUCUACAGUCUGUCCAAAACUAUACAGAACUCCUCAGAUGCUGGGACUUACUACUGCGCUGUGGUCACAUGUGGAGAGAUCCUGUUUGGUGAAGGAACCAAAGUGGAGAUGAGACAAGAACAACUUCCAUUGGUCAUUGCACUCGGGACACUGAUGCUCUGCUGCAUCAUUGUGAUUGUUGCUCUAAUUCUCUUCAGAAAGAAAAAGACUGUUUGCGAACAUUGCAAAGGAGCAGUGACUGCUUCCCAUCCUGAUGGAUCAGCUGACGAUCAACCAAAUGAUGCGGAUGGUGACGCAGCGGCAAUGAACUAUGCCGCAAUUGGUUUCAACUCAAGAAAAGCUACAAGAUGGAAUAACAGGAAUUUACCAGAGGACUGUACAUACUCAAGCAUCAGAAACACUGUCAGACAAUAAUUUUGAUGCAACUCAUUGAGAAGAUGAUGAUAGAUUAAAUAAUGUAUAAUAACAAAUGAUGUGUGUAUGAAUUGAUGAUUAAAUGAUUUUUGCAGUCAUGUUUUUGGUAAUUGAAAAGUUGGAGAGAGCACUUAUCUUAAUAAUAUCCCUUGUCAAAUUUAUUGUGAGUAACUAUUAAAGAGAAAAUUCAUGUUCUAUGCUCUGUAUAUUAUAUUAAAUGCUUAUGAAUUAACUUUGUAAUGAAUAAUCCAAUAAAGUUUGAUGCUUUGAUGCUUUGAUGCCAGAGUUGGUCUCAGCAAAACCUCCUUUGCUGUUAGAGAAGUCAUCUCUCAGAAUAAUGUGCACGGGCUCCUAAGAAUCAAAACUCUAACGCCUCAAUGUAACUUUGACUCAUUUAAAUCGUUCUCAAUUUGAUCUGCUGAGCUCAACAUGAGGAAGAGUACAUGUAAAGGUCACAGGUUCACUAAGUAGAACUGACAUCACUGGAAUCUUGGUUAGUAAACACCAACCACAACUGAUUUGUUAUCUUUUAUUUAUGUGUAUUGAUGACGGUGUGUGUGUGUCAACAUAUCAGCAGGUUUAAUCAGUAAUAUUAAAAAUAGAAAAAAUAAAGUCAUGUAGCAUGA